UUUUUUUUUUCUUUUUUUUAUAUUAUUAUUAACACAUUCAAAUAUACAAUGUCACAUCCUCAUUCAGCAUUGCAAAUCUAUCAGUUUUUAUUUACUUUACAUGAAAACUGUUCUAAAGAAACAUUUAGUGCUUUACUUCUUUCCUUCAAGACACCCCGUUUUACAAGUGUGAUGACGUUAAUUGGACGAUGGACACCGACAUUAGCAGCGCAAGCCCCUCAAGUCGUAAAUGACUUUCAACAGCUAAUUACAAGUGCAGCUCGUAGCCAAGACUAUGAUCAGCUUUUGAUGCGUGUUGCUGAUCAUUAUUGGGUCAUUUACCGAGUUUCUUGUUUUCUAGAAAACGACCUUCAGUUUGAAUUAUUUGUUCGAUGUCUUUGUCUUGAUAGUACGACUCCUGUCAGUAAAAAGGAAGUCAAGGAGACCCUCUUACAGUUCUUAUGUCAGCUUCCUAUUGACUCACGAGAUUAUGUAGGAGAAAUCUUGAGUGAUGACCAUCAUGGCUAUUUGACGCGCGAAGAUGUCUUGAAAAUAAAUAAAGAAGAAGGACAGAUGUCUGGCUAUUAUGAAGGUUUUCUGGAUUUGGAUCGAGUGUAUGAAAUUAUGAAUGAUCCAAACUUGUUUGAUCAAUUUAUGGCCAUCAUUCAAACAAAUACAGCAAGACAAAUACCUUGGUCGCAGACGAUUCAAGAAAUAUAUGAAUUAACAGUUCAAAAGGGAAUUUGGGAUCAGUUAGCACCUUUACUUCAACAAGUUUAUGUGAAUACAGAUACAACGGAAUAUUCAUCUUAUGAAGAUUAUGUGCAGAAAAACUUUUUAGAUGACGGUGGCCAGGCUUAUUUGGACGAAGAAAUUAAACGUGUUCAAGUUGAACACAUGAUGAGUAAAUUAAGUAUGUAAUUGAUACAUAGGCUUGUUUUUUUAUUAUUUCUUUCGUUUUUUUUUUUUUUUUCAUUCCCCCUUCC